UUCGCUGCACUCGCUGCACUCGCUGGACUCGGUGCAAUGAUGGCGGCUCUCAAGGAGGCGUUGUCGACGUACCGGCUCGUCUUUGUGUCGUUGGUGCGAAAUUGCGAGCGUGUCAUCCCCAGCGCGACCGCGAUCUCAAGGAGGAACUAUUCGACCGUCGAGGAGAAUGAAGAGACCUACGACGUCGUCAUCACCGGAGGCGGCAUGGUUGGCAGGACGUUGGCGUGCGCCAUAGCAAACAAUCGGAGACUGGCAAGCAAGAAGGUCUUACUUUUGGAAGGUAAUGCCAAACAAGAAUACACUCCACAGGAGCAAUAUUCCAAUCGAGUUGUUGCAUUGAAUCAGCAAACUCGUACCUUGUUAUCCAGCAUAGGAGCUUGGAAACAUAUAGAGGCAGUCCGCUGUUCUCCAGUACGAAGAAUGCAGGUAUGGGAAGCGUGUUCCGAUGCUAUGAUAACGUUCAAUGAUGAUUUGUUCAACAAAGAAUUGGCCUAUAUAGUCGAGAGUGACCUGUUGUUACACGCAGUCAACAAGCAACUCUCUGAAAAGGAAAAUGUUAAUGUGAUUAAUGAAUCUAAGGUUGUUGAUGUAAAACUCCCAAAGACGUCCAUGGAAUUCGCUACUGUACAGCUGCAAUCUGGGAAGCAGUACAAAGCCAGAUUACUGGUGGGCGCCGACAGUGUUAACUCGCUGGUGAGAAAGGCAAUGGGAGUGAUUUAUCUGAACUGGCAAUAUAAUCAAUUGGGCAUCGUCGCGACUCUCAAGUUGUCUGAGCCCACGGAGAACAUCGUUGCUUGGCAGAGAUUCCUCCCAACAGGACCCAUCGCAUUACUUCCGUUGACAGAUUCUCUCAGUUCGCUCGUGUGGUCCGUGACGAGCGAGAAAGCGAAGGAACUGAUGCAAGUUUCAGAGGAGGAAUUCGUCGACGAGAUAAACAAAGCACUGUGGCAGACCUAUCCUAAGAGCAGCAUCGUCGAAAGUGGAAUGCAUGGAUUCCACUGGUUGCUCACGAGACUCGCUUUGAAGACCAACGCGGUCAGGCAAAUGCCGCCGUCCGUGACGGCGAUCGUCGAGGGAUCGCGAGCAGCAUUUCCCUUAGGUUUCGGUCAUGCCUCGUCUUAUGUUCAGCCGGGCGUGGUAUUGGUCGGAGAUGCUGCGCACCGAGUCCAUCCUUUGGCAGGUCAAGGUGUGAAUCUAGGUUUUGGCGACGUGACAGAGCUGACACAGACCCUUGCCGAGGCCACUAUAAACGGCAGUCAUCUCAAUGAUAUGCACUAUUUACGGACAUACGAGACACUGAGGCAACGUCAUAACGUACCGAUGAUGCUCGCCAUCGAUGGGCUUCAUCGAUUCUAUCAAUACACCGCGGCACCCGUUGUUCUCGGUAGAAGCCUGGGUUUGCAACUAGUGGACGCUGUUCCGCCAUUCAAAAAAUUGUUAAUGCAGCAGGCUGCAGGAAGUAGUAUUUUUUAAAAUUGUUAGUGAUAACAUUGCAAAUGUAACAGAAUGUAAAUAAAAAAAAUAUUGUGGCUGGUAAUAUAGUGAAUAAGACUAUUUUGGAAUAUUGUGAAUUUAAGAAUAUUGUGAAGGUUUGUAAUUUAUUUUUUGUAUUCUAUACAUAUAAUAUAUAUAUUAAAAUUAAAUAUUAUAAUUUAAUAUAAUACAUUAUAUUGAAAGAAAAGUUCAUAGCAACACAUAUAGAAUUAAGUAAAUCUGUACACAAAUA